AUGGCUGAACUCAAGAGAAAGUUCAAAAAUGGCAACUCCUUCACCAACAAAUGUGCUUCCUUGGUGAAGGAGCAACGUGCCCGUCUCUAUAUCCUCCGUCGCUGCGCCACCAUGCUCGUGUGCUGGUACGUCCAUGGCGACGACUAA